ACUUUCUUAUUUUGAUUCCUCCUUUUUUUGAUGGGGAGCGGUAGCUUUUGGUGAUGAUGCGGUCGGUUUUGAGGAGUAAAUUCAGUCGCGAUCCUGAGAUGCUCUCACGUACUGAAACUUUUCUUAUUGCCUGUUUUAAUUGUUACUGCUUUUCUUUUGUUAUCGUUGCUGUUGACGAUGCUGUGGUGGAUUAUCGCGCGGCUGUGAUCCAUAAACUGGUGACGAUGCUUCCUUGUGUCUGGAUAUAUAUUUUGUUAUUGUUGCUGUUGACGAUUCUGUGGUGGAUUAUCGCGCCGUUGUGAUCCAUGAACUGGUGACGAUUCUUCGUUGAGUCUGGAUAUGUGCGAACAAAAGAAAGGAGGCAGCAAUCUCGUGAUAAAUUGUGCGUGAUGGCUUAUGGAGUACUACUUCAUAUAGCAACAAAAAUGGAGCACCUUUUUUCUGUUUGCUUCUUCUUCUUCUUUCCAGGAGAUGAUCUGGACCGUGAACCGGAAGCAACAAAGCUGCAACCUUACCUGCUAAGGUUGCUGCUAUUUGGUUUCAUUCAUGAUCGUUGAGGCUGCCUUUUGGUGACAAGACUGCGAGACCGUGCUUUUGACAGAGAGUAUAUGUCCAACGGAUGAUCAUGUGUGAGAGAGAUCAAAAUUUCCAUUGGGCUUACGACCUUUUCCAUGACCCUUUUGCUCAGACUGGAUAUUAUGGACCUCCCAAUGGUUACAACAAUGGUACCUAUUGUGACCACCAUUAUGCUAGAGAUGCAUCACACCCAGAUGAGACACAUUUGCAUUCUUCUGCACUUACGUAUGAUUUGUACAACCCAUCAGUAGGCCUCUACCAUCCUGAAAAUGUUGGUGGUCAUGAGCACGAGGCGGUCUAUGUAGAUCCAUAUAGUUCUUCUUCAUGCCCUAGCAGCGAUGACUGUCCUGAAAUGGAGGAAGAAGUAGGAAAGAGAUUUUACCCCAUGGUCCCAGUUCCGCAUGUCCCUAAAAUCAAUGGAGAAAUUCCAUCGAUGGACGAAGCCACCAUGGACCAUGAAAGGCUGUCAGACAGGUUGAGGUUGUAUGAACUAGUUGAGCACAAGGUAAAAGGUGAUGGCAACUGCCAGUUCCGUGCACUAUCGGAUCAGCUCUACCAAACUCCCGACCACCAUGAGUUUGUGAGGGAGCAGAUAAUUAAUCAGCUUAAGAGUAACCGUGUUGCAUAUGAUGGAUAUGUCCCCAUGGCAUAUGAUGAGUAUUUGGAGAAAGUAUCACGAAAUGGUGAGUGGGGUGACCAUGUGACUUUACAAGCUGCUGCUGACAAGUAUGGGGUGAAGAUUUUUGUCAUGACAUCGUUCAAGGACACAUGCUACAUCGAGAUCCAGCCUAAGGUUCAGAAGUCCAACAAAGUGGUGCUGUUGAGCUUUUGGGCGGAGGUUCACUACAACUCGAUUUUUCCACAGAACGAUGCUCCGAGAUCGCAUACAGCGAAGAAGAGGAGAUGGUGGCCGUUCUCAUCACACCAUUGAUGAUGCUUUCUUCCUGGAUCUCGGCUUGCAAAGCCUUUUUUCUUUCUUGAUGAAGAUGAUCCGGAGGCGCUCUCCCUGGGAUGGGUCAUCAGUCAUGAUGAUAUCCUGCUGGUAUCCGUCUGAUAGAAGGGGAAUGGAGUUAUGCUCAUCCAGCUAAUAUAUAGAUACAUGGAAGCGAAUAAAACAUGCAAUCUGUCC